AGAGACGCGUGCAGUUGAAAAGAGGAAGCAGACGGCAGAGAUGGACGUGGUCCUCGCCUCGAACCCGCUGACGCUGACCUUUGACGACGGCAACGUCUGCAUCAUGCCCAUCUUUGAUCUCUCUCAAUGUGGUUUUUGCAUCGAAGCCCGGUACAUUGUCGAUGGCGACCACCUCAUGGAGCUCGAGACCAGCGACGGCGUUAGCUUUGGCGCCACCGUUCGCCUCGUGCACCGCACCAAGGGCGGUGAGUGCUAUUACCUCCGCGGCUGCGCGCUCCAGCGCAAGCUCCGAUGGUCGACCCAGCCGACAGCAAAAGCAGCGUUUCGUCUCGUCUCGCUUGAGUGCCGACGCGGCAACCUCCACCAAGACGAGCCCUUUGCGCUCGAGAGCAUCUUUUGGCCGCGUUGGUACAUUGGCUUUGCACGGGUGUCAACCUUGCGGGGACGUGGCACCCUUAUCCUGCGGCGUAAAGCGGCCAAUGCCAUCCAGCUACGCGCCAUGCACCACCACGACAAACCAGCUGCGUACCGGCUUCGAGCUCCGCUGCUGAUCGCGGCCAAGUCGUCGCUCGCGGUCACCGAAUGCGACGCCGAGGACGAUGAUGACGACGAUUUGUUUGCAUCGUUUCAGAUUGCAGGGUCGGCACCAGUAGGUGUCUUGGCGUGAUGUGUGCGUCAUGCGUUGUUGCGCUUGAUGUCGCCAACGUUAGUGUAGUGUACUACUUGAUAUACUCUGUGAUUAACUGAAGUUAUUUGUGCUAUAUA